UCAUCCCUGGAAUUCCUUACCGGCAGAUGUAGCUAUGGCAACGUCUGUGGAUGCCUUUAAGCGAAGGCUGGAAAAUCAUGCGGUGACACAAGAACUGCGUCGAAAUGACCUAUCCCCUUAAAAUCCCAUACACCAUUCAACGGUAGACAACUAAGUUCGUCGUUUUACUUCUUUACAUUCUCUCUCGUCUGACUCUCCUGACAACUUUAACUACACUUAUUAUUAUUGUCUCUUUUCUUUUGACAACGAUACCGGAGGACUAACUGGUGAAAGGAUCAACUCCAUUCACAGUAGUAACAGUCUUGACACACCUCAUGCUACAAACCACAUAUAAUUAAUUCCAGUACUACUCCUUUUGGAGUCAACCAAAGUUACGAAAGUCGAGUGGCGGGACGAGCUACGGAGAAGUUUACCGAAGAUCAGGAACCUAUACUUCACAAUUAAGAGGCGAGCACAAAGAAAUUGAAUUGGUUUAUACUAGCUGGUAAGAACGAUAUUAGAUAUUGGACAUUAGAGAGCGUGUAUUGAUUUUGCGUCACCAUGAGUAGCUUGGAUUUAAAUCCGAAAUAUGAAAAAGGUAAGAUUCUUACUGUUUUCUUAUAUAGAAUCACGUACAUCAAGGCGAAAAAUUACUUUGUUUCCAUGGGCCUCUUAUGUAUGAGGCGAAAUGCUUAGACGUUAAAGUGAAAGAGGAUGGUGUAAUAUAUUAUGUGCAUUACCAAGGCUGGAAUAAGAGCUGGGAUGAAUGGGUGACUGAAAAACGAAUGUUCAAGUAUAAUGAAGAGGGCUUGACAAAAAAACAAGAAUUAGAGCGACAGAUGAAAUCCGGGAAGGUUAAAGUUUUAAGAAAGUCUGAAUUAAAGUCACAGUCAUUGCCACCUCCAGAAGUCUUGGAGGACGUUGAACGGACACUGAAGCCUGGUCAAGUGAAAGAAGAGGAAGGCGCUCUUAAGGCCAAGAAUAUAAAGACCAACGGAGAAUCCAGCCGGAAAAUUGAUGCUCGUGUCCGUGUUGAUGUGAAAAAGACUGAAGAUACUAAACCACCCAUUAAGUGUUGUGAAGAUUCGAACGCAUCGUCUACUCCACCUGUCACAGUAACAAGUAGGAGAAGAAGAAGCCGGGUGUCAUCAGUGCUAAAGUCUCUUGAAAAUGAAGAUGGCCUUCUCUCUCAGCCGCGUUUGUCGAUUUCACUGCCUCCAUGCUUGAAAUCUUGGCUUACAGAUGACUGGGAUUUGAUUACUCAACAAGCUCGGCUUUAUGAACUGCCUGCUUCUCAGCCAAUAUGUAAUAUUUUAUCAGAUUUCUUAGAAAGUUCUGAGGCGGAAAUGAUUAAAUCGGAAUCAACUCGUGAAAUAAACAACUAUACUUCUUCUGAAUCUGAGAACACUCAACUGAGCACUAACGUACCAAUAGACCCGGGUGUACGGCGUGAAUUUGUUGCUGGAAUUCAGUAUCUUUUCAAUCAUACUAUUGGUUCUCAUCUUUUAUACAAAUUCGAGAGAUUACAAUACGCUAAGCUAUUGAAACAGCAUACAGGCAAGAGAAUGUCAGACAUUUAUGGGUCAAUUCACUUGUUGAGGUUGUUUGGUAAGUCUUAAUGUUCCCUCCUUUAUGAUGUGUAAAACUUGGGCAUUGUGGUGGUAGUAAGUAAUUCCAUAUUAGUUUGCUUAUUAGAUGUGUCACACAGUCACAGAAACAGUAUUAGUAUCUGCUGGAUGACAAAGUUUCGAACACAAUUUACUUAUUGUUCAUAAUCAUAUCAUCAAUUAUAAUCACACGACUUUGAAACUAGAGAUUUAUGGUGUUCUUUUUUCUCUCCUAUUUGUCGUCAUUGGGGUAAUAGAAUUUUCCAGAUAUCUGGGUGGACAGGUGUUGAAUCAUUGCUAUUACACUUAUUUGCCACACCAAAAGUAUGGUGGAGGUAUGUAGAUGACACAUUCACUGUACUAAGAACAGAGGAUAUAGAUAGAUUUUUCGAACACAUUAACUCCAAGGUGGAGGCAAUUCAUUUGACUUAUGAUGAAUUGCAUAGUCAGUAAGGGGAACUGCCAAUAUUAGAUUAUAGUGUAAAAAGAAAAGAAGAUGGGAAGUUAAACACGCUAGUGUGUUUACAGAAAACCCACAGAUAUUUGGACUUCCGAUCAUUCCAUCCUAUGUCAGUAAAAAUAGGAUUGGUGAAAUGUUUAAGUGACAACAGAGCACAAAAACUAAGUAGUACCAAGGAAAAUCUAUGACAGGAAGUGAGACAUAUAAGAGAGGCCUUGAAACUUAAUAAUUACCCUGAUAUAUUAGUCAGAAAGUAUGUAGGGAAAUGUAGAAAUAAAAUAAAUAAUGAUAGUAGUGAUAGUGAUGAUGAUAAUAAUAAUAAUGAUAAUGACGACAUGCAUGUCAAAUAUGCGCAAGACAACACCGACAAUAUAUAUAUAUAUAUAUACAUGAUUUUACAGCUAGCUAUGUGAAUGAAUUCGCCGGCGAAAAGA